AUGGCUAAACGGGUAGCAGACCUUCACGUACAGCGCCUCCUCCGAUGGGCCGUACCUCAGCAGCGUCCUCUUCACCAGUUUGUAUUUGACCUUCUUGAUUCCGUAGCUUUUACGUAUCGCCUCGAACUCGGCAAAGAAGCGUUUCAUGAAAGCACGCUCGUAACUGCUUUCGGCCUCAGGCAUAUCGCUGAGAUCGAGGUCCAUGCGCGCUUUGAAGAACAGGCAUCGCAUGAAUUGGCGUACGGUAACCAUGGCGCUCUCCGUGCGGCCGCUUCCCGCGUGCAGCUUCCCAAACAACCUUAG